CGGAAAGUUUACCCAUAUUACUUCACCUUCACCACCUUCACCAAGGGCCGGUGGGUCGGCGAGAAGAUCCUGGACGUGUUCGCGAGAGAGUUCAGAGCGCACCCGGCGGAGGAAUAUGAGCGCUGCAUUAAAGGCGGCACUCUUACCGUCAACUAUGAGAAGGUGGACGUGGAUUACAAACUGAAACACAAUGACCUGCUCGCCAACAUCGUUCACAGACACGAGGUUCCCGUCACUGCGGAGCCCAUCUCCAUCGUACACAUGGACGGCGACGUGGUGGUCGUUAACAAACCCGCCUCCAUACCCGUGCACCCGUGCGGCCGCUACAGGCACAACACCGUCGUCUUCAUUCUGGCCAAAGAGUACAACCUGAAGAACUUGCGCACGAUCCACCGGCUGGACCGGCUGACGAGCGGAUUGCUGCUGUUCGGGCGCUCACCCAAAAAGGCCCGCCAAAUGGAGCACCAGAUCAGAAACCGGCAGGUGGCCAAGGAGUACGUCUGCCGCGUAGAGGGCGACUUUCCCGAAGAGGAGAUCACCUGCACGGAACCGAUUGAGGUGGUGUCCUACAAGAUCGGCGUGUGCAAGGUGUCGUCCCGGGGCAAGGAGUGCGCCACCUCCUUCAAGAAGCUGGGCUUCAACCCCCGAACCAAUACGAGCGUGGUGCUGUGCAAACCCCACACGGGCCGCAUGCACCAGAUCAGAGUGCACUUGCAGUACCUGGGCUUCCCGGUGGUCAACGACCCGCUCUACAACCACGUGGUCUUCGGCCCCAACAAGGGCAAGGGCGGCCUGAUCGGCAAGGCGGACGACGAGCUCAUCCGGGACCUGGUCAACAUCCACAACGCCGAGAACUGGCUGGGCAUGGACGGCGACACGGACCUGUCCAUGUUCAAGCCGCUGGGCCGGGAGCUGGACGAGGACAAAGGCGACGAGGACGACGGCGACGUGAGCCGGGAGCCCUCGCCCUGCGGGUCGUGCGAGGACGCCCCCGGCCCGUCCUUCACCAACAACAACAAUAGCACGACGCUCAACAACAACAUCGUCAGUGGCCUGGUGAACCCCAGCAGCAGUAGCGUGGUGGCCGCCCUGGCUCCCAACAGCGUCGCGAAUGGCAUGGCCUCUACGAGCACCAGCACAGCGACCGGUAUGGUCUCUACGAGCACCAGUAUGGCGUCGCCCAGUCCCAGUGGUAGCACGAGUAGCAGCGCCAGCGGCAGUAGCAGUGGCGGCGGCGGAAAUAAGGUGACGGUCGCCACCCAGACGGGUCACGAGUCGCCAGAUCUGGCCUUCCAACAGGACAAAAUGACCCACGACCCGCACUGCUACGAGUGCAAAGUUCGCUACAGGGACCCCAAACCCAGAGACCUCAUCAUGUAUCUCCACGCCUGGAAAUUCAGGGGGCCAGAUUGGUCGUAUGAGACAGAGCUGCCAGAAUGGUCAAAGGUAGACUGGAGUGAGCCUGAUGACUAAUGAGAAUCAAAAAUACAAUAACAUCACCUCCUUGAUGGAAUCAUAUACAAGUUUCACAAAUUUAUCUGUGUGAAGCUUUCAUUCAUUGUGAGGGUGGUCUGAAAAAUCAGGAUGAAGCAAGGAAAUUGCGUUCCAUCUCCUCAUUUCUGUCUGUAAAGCUGAGAUUUUCCUUGUUUUGUUAAAUAUUUUUGUUGCGGUGUGAUAUCAGUUAUGAAUUGUGAGGAUACGUAUCAUCAUCAACUUAUAUGUAAUAUUGUCUGCUCGUCUUUUAGUGAUAUUUUAGUUUUUCUUUUUUCUAUUAGCUGAUUUCUUGGACAUAUAGUUCUUGUUGUAUGUAUGUCCAACUUUUGCUUCUUGUCUCUCUGCCAUUCCGAGUUUCAAAUUUUUCUUGCUCUUCUGUCUGUCUUCCUAUCUUUUCCCUGCUGUUAUCUCUAUUUUAAUUGUACUUUAGUCUUUUGCUGUGGUAUAAAUCCUUUAAAGGUAAUAGUGAUGAUGAUGAUUUGUGCUGUGAAACCAGUACUUUCAUUUUGUUCUUAAUUCAAGAGGGUAGCUCUUUAACUAUAAAAUUUGUGAGAACUGUGGUUGUUUGUGAUUAGCAUAGCUAUAUCAAAUGUUGCCAUUUUUUCAAGAAUAUGCGAUAUUUAGAAGAAAAAAAUGCUGCGCAUGUAUUUGUAAGACAAAACAGUGUUGCCUUAAUUAUUUGAUGAAUAGUCCUUUGUACCAAAAAAAGAAAAAAACAAUCUUGGACCUUGUACAUAACGCUAAAAACAAUGUUUUGAAUAUCUUAUCUUUCUUUUCACACCUUUGUGCAGUAGAGUUUGUUUUUUUAAGGGUUUUUUUAAGUACUGUAACAUCUUAAAUGAGCAUUGUAUAUAGCAUAUUGAUUUAUAGCUUGAUUUUAUGACAAAAUUGCAGUGCAAAUUUUUGAGUAGCUAUAUUGACUCUAUGAUAACUGUAGAGGUAAGACAUUUUCUUUUAUUUUAUGUGAUGAUCAGAUUCAGACCAAAGGAUGAUGUGAAGAAUCAACCACCUGAUUCUUCACAAUUCAAUCAUCUAUCUACAUUGUAUUUUUGUAAUUGCUAUAUUUUAAUGUUUCUGUGAUGAUAUGAGGGGGCGUUUCUCACUUCUUAUGGUCAGGCAUGAUCUUACCCCUCCAUCAUGAAAGCAUUCACUAGGUGGUUGCUUCAUGAGCGUCCGACCAAAAAUGUCAAAUUUAAAAUGACACAUACAGCCCAUUGUUACAAAAAAUGGUAUUUUGGGUGGAGUUCUUUAACAUUACAUCCCAUGAUACUAAUGAGGCAUUCUUAACGAGAGGAGGGAAAGCAGUUAUAUAUGAGAUGUGCCUUAUUUGGAUGCAUGCUUCUCUUGAUAUAUUUGUGAAAGAAAUACACCAAUUCUAAUAAUGUGGACUAAUUUAAAUGUAUCUUCUGUGUAAGCAUCCAUUUCUUUGCUCUUAGUGUUGGCUGUCAUUUGAAACCAUAAGUUAAAAUGUACGUGUCAAAGGCGCCACCAGUCACAAUAUUGGCUAUCUAGACAAGUUUAAAGCAAACUGUACAGGGUUUUGUAUUGAGUUUAAUUUUCUUUACCAAAUCUGAGGGCCAAACAAAAUGCUAUAUUGAGGCUGUAAAACAAUUAAGUCCUUGUAAAUUUGGCAGUGAAAGUGUGUUGGCUGGAUUGUAGGACCCUUAUAGCUCUCAAAGAGGACAUGCACACCUCUCUUUCAGAUUGUUGCUUUUUCAAAGUUUAGGAUAUUUAUACUACAGAUAGCGUAGAAAAAAUUUAUGUAAAAUAGUUGACCCUUUCUACAACAGGUUGAUGUUAUUCAGAACCAUAGAUAGAAAAUAUGAACACAGUUUCAUUUCAAGUUUUGUACCUAUACAAUUCUUACACGUAAUUCAAAAGCAUAAUUUAUAAUGGAAAAUUGGCUUCUACAAGAUACAUUUAAUAUAAAACUAAAAUUCUUUUAUUUUCAAAGUGUUUUGCUUAUCUUGUAGAUACUGAAUAUCAAGGGUGUUCUCUGAAAUGUAAGAAAAUUUAAAGCUAGAUUGUGUCUAUUUUACAAUAUUUUAGCAUAGUCUUUAAUGCCAGGGUGAUUCUCUUUACUAGGAGCGUAGCUUUAUUAGUGUGAUUGUGUAUGUGUGUGAGUAUGCAUGCGUGUGUGUAUGUGGGAGUGAAAGAAAAAGUGUGGCCUGUGUCUGUACAGCAAGGCAGCACCAGACUGAGAUGAAAGCUACUCUUGCACUACCCUGUCAAAUUUUUCCCACAUUAUAAUUUGUUUGCAAAUUUCCAGCUGUAUACAUUUUUUUUUUUUUUAUUUUUUUUUUUCUACAAAAAAAUUUCUGCAAGAGUUGCAAGUAUAGAACUACAGAACUUAAUGUUUUUGUGAACAAUCAAUUUGGACUGCAUCUCAGACAGGGUGUUUACUUUUGUUCAAAAUAUUUCAUUGUGGUUUUUGAACGUCUUGCAUUGAGUGCUGCUUUGUUGUCUUUCUUUCUCAUAAGUGGAUGAAAAGAUUUCAAAAAUUCUGUUUUUUAUGAUAAUUGGGCUUGGCUUGGCUUGGAAUACAAGCUAGUUAUUUGGUAACAGAGAGUGCAUAGCCACUCCAGGUAAUUCCUGACAGAAUUGUAGAAUCUUUUCAUCCUCAAUUAAUCAUAUCUCUCUGACUUCCCGAUUACCUAAAUAAUAUGUAUGACCAUUUAUGCUUUGAUGUGAAUGUCAGGGUAACAGACUUUGAUUCUUACAUUCAUCCGUACACCAACAGACAAUCUUGAAGGUUUACCAUGCCCAAGGCCUUGCCUUUCACAAUAUUCUGCAACCUUAAGCAUCACCUCUUUUCUCCAUUUUGUGCAGAAAUGAUUUUGUGCAACUAUUAACAUGAUCCAGCUGAGUCUACAUCAUAUUUUUGUUACUAACUUGUAGCUUCAACAAUAUUCCCUUAAGAGAAUAUAGGUUGUGAAAAAGAAUGUGUUUAAAAAUGAUUGCAUUCCAGCAAAAAGUAACAUCAUUAGCUUAAUGUCUGUGUAGGGUAUCAGGCUGAGUAAUUACCCAACUAGCCCUUAGUGGUUUGGAAAUGUAUUUAGUCAAUAGGUUGGUCCGCAAUUGUUCUGGAAUAAGGAUGCAAAAUUAAGAAUGAAACAAAUGAGCAUGGUACUAUUCCAUUCUGUUCCCUUUAGAUAAAAUGGGAGAUGACCUUUCAAAUUUAUUUUUCUCUUCUCUUUUGGUGAAUGAUGACAAUUGCUGUUAAGCCAUCAUAAUGCUGUAGAACUCCUUUUCUCUAACAGAUAUUUUCCACAACCUGUUCUGGGUGAGAUAGAUGCUGUGCUCUCAGAACUUCUUCAAAAAGCCUUGUGCAAGUUCUCUGUUUGUUGCCAAGAUGUGAUGCAGUUUCUGAAUAAGAAACGCUAGUGAUAUUGUCGACAAUGAUUCACAUCCCAUUUUAUAAAUGUUAUUAUAAUUAUUAUAUUUGUCAUUAAUUUUUGUUGCUUGAAAGAGUUUUUUUUUUUUUUUUUUUUUUUUUUUUCUUUUUCAAUACUUCCUGCAAUUUUUGUUAAUGUUAUAAUGGAUCAGUUCUUUGUAGCAGACUACUGGAGAUAAUUAUCGAUUCAAUAGGAAUUGUAUUUAAAAUGUGAACAUACUACAGAAUGCCAUUUCUACAUUAUAAUUGCCUCCUCCCAGCCAGUACAUAUUGCUUGAAUUCAAUUUUUGGAACAAUGAGGGAGCAAUCUGUUUAAGGUAACUCAUGAUUUUUAUUUAAUCAAGGUAUACAAGUAAUUUUAACAUAUCAGUAUCAGAUUGAUAUGAAUUUUGAAAUUAAAGCCAGUACUGAAUGGGGGAACUUGCAUGUGUUUCUUUUUAAAUGAAAUACCACUGUUUUCAGAUUUAAAUACUCUGAAAAAAUUCAAUUAUCGUCCCACCUUUAGCAAUGUUGCAAUUUCAGUUUGUGUGUUGAGUUUUAAGUGAAUUAAGUGGCAAGUUUUUGAAGAGUCACUUGUUUACCCUUUCAGUGUGUUCAAAAGAUGGCGACUUUUGUAAGCACAAAGUUAUUUGUUGACAACACCACCUUAAUAUUGAUGUUUACCAUAAAGUUGAAAGUAUCCUUGUUGAUUUCAUGUUUGCUAUUUUGUUUAUGUAAAUGUGAGCUAUAUGGUAGGCAGCAGGACCUUCUAUAGUUAGAAUGUCUGGAGUUCAUAUUCUACAACAGAUGUGAUAUUUAGAUAAAGCAUCAUUUGACGAGAGCCUGAAAAGAAACUGCUGAGACAAUUUUUAAAAAUUUAAUGUUGAAUUGUACUAUUAAGAAUAAAUUUAAAGUAAGUUAUCACAAUGAUGUGUAGAUACAUUUUAAUAAAGGAUUUGAAAAUGA